AUAGAAAGGACUGUAUUACCCAGAGCUUGCCAUUAUUUUUGUCGUUGUUAUCGAUAACAGAUGAAUAGCCGUAUGUGACAGGUUAAAUUUAUUAAUUUUUCCCAUCGUCUUCAGGGAAUAGCGAACAUGCUCAUAAUUGAUGAAGGUAUCAAUGAACAUAAAGCUGGCAUUCCUAAAGUUAUACUGAAAAAGUCAUGUCCCUAUCACCAGAAGCAAAUCGAAGAAAUGAUGACGACGAUUAUGGCAACAAGUCAUACGAUAAUAGUGGAAUGGAACCGGACGGUUUAAUCGAAUCCAAUUGGAAUGAAAUCGUUGACAGCUUUGAUGAUAUGAACUUGAAGGAGGAGCUCCUACGCGGCAUCUAUGCGUACGGCUUUGAGAAACCAUCAGCGAUUCAGCAACGCGCAAUAUUGCCUUGCAUUAAAGGCCACGAUGUUAUUGCUCAGGCUCAGUCUGGCACUGGAAAAACCGCAACAUUCUCAAUUGCUAUAUUGCAACAAAUCGACACCGUCGACACGAUGGAAUGUCAAGCAUUGAUUUUGGCACCGACUCGUGAAUUGGCUACACAAAUUCAGAAGGUCGUAAUUGCACUUGGCGAUUAUAUGAAUGUAGCUUGUCAUGCCUGUAUUGGAGGGACCAAUGUUCGAGAAGAUGUCCGCAAGCUGGAGAUAGGAACACACGUCGUAGUCGGGACACCAGGCCGAGUUAAUGAUAUGAUCAGCCGAAAGGUUCUACGCACAAAACAUAUUAAAUUGUUUGUGUUGGAUGAGGCUGAUGAAAUGUUAUCCAGAGGAUUCGCUGAUCAAAUUCAUGAUGUUUUCCGUAACUUAAACAGCGAAGUGCAAGUAAUUUUGCUGUCGGCUACCAUGCCAGAGAGUGUACUUCAGGUCAGCAAGAAGUUUAUGCGUGAACCGGUACGGAUCUUAGUGAAAAAAGAGGAGCUAACGCUUGAAGGUAUUAAGCAAUUUUAUGUUUUUGUCGAGAUUGAAGACUGGAAACUGGGAACGUUGUGCGAUCUGUACAAUACAUUGUCGAUUGCACAGUCUGUGAUUUUUUGUAAUACGAGACGUAAGGUCGAUCAACUAACCGAACAAAUGACACUACAGCAAUUCACUGUAUCGACGUUGCAUGGAGAUCUUGAUCAGCGCGAGAGGGACAUCAUCAUGCAACAGUUUCGCACUGGUUCAUCUCGUGUCCUAAUUACUACCGAUAUUCUCGCUAGAGGUAUCGAUGUACAACAAGUAUCAUUAGUUAUCAACUACGACCUACCGUCCAACCGUGAAAAUUACAUUCAUCGUAUUGGCCGUGGAGGACGAUUCGGACGAAAGGGUGUCGCUGUCAAUUUUAUCACCGAGAAAGAUAAGCGUACCUUGCAUGACAUUGAAGAAUUUUACAAUACACGAAUUGAGGAGAUGCCGAUCAAUGUGGCAGACUUGAUUUAAGACGAUUGUGCGAACAAAAACGAAAAUCAAGAUGAGACCGUACGUCUGUGACACAAAGGUGUGAUGUGCUUGAUGUAGCACACCGAUUUUGUAUUAAUUCCCUUUCCAUUUGUGUUCGUGUAAUGCAACCCAAUUAUUUUUUAUUUUUUUAACUUAUUUACUCUAACUAAGUAAAAGUGAACUCUAGAAAAGUACUAAGUACGACAAAUUAUGAAGAUUUAUUGAUUUUGGAAUAAAGUAAGCUGCUCUUGAAA